UUGAUAUUUGUAAAACGUGCAAAACCCUCGACUAGCAUUCUCAUGUCUACCUUCCCCAUACCACACCUUUCUUCAGAUUGGUGAAAAAUGCCGCAGAAAACAUCGCUGGACGAAUUACAAUGGAAAGAGGUGACUCUUCCUGAUCGCUUAGAUGACUAUGAGGGUCUUCUGGACUUGGAAGAAAUCGAGGGCGUUGAUGUACAAUACAAGAACAAAGGAGGAAAUUUAAAGGAAGUUACUUAUGAACUUGCUGAUCCAUCAAAGAAGCCAAAGAAAGAGAAGCGUAAAAAGGCUGACGAUAAAGCUAGUACGAAAGGUGUUAAAAAGCCCAAAUCGGACUCCUCUGAAAAGGAAACUCCUUCUUCCGAAGAGCGAAUUGACGAGGGAAACGAAUUUGCCGCCCUUGCUUCAAAUGAUGAAAGUUUAGAGAAAAAUGUUGAUGUCUCAGCUUGGUCGAAAUGGCAUCUCUCUCCUGAAAUGCUGGGGUCAUUGUCUCGCAUUGGUUUUUCUACUCCCACUCCCAUUCAGUCACUUGUUGUCCCAGAAGCAACUGCUGGAAAAGAUAUCGUGGGUAAGGCCGCAACCGGUUCUGGUAAAAGUUUGGCUUUUGCGAUUCCCAUUAUGGAGCAUUGUUUGAACGUUUUAAAUACCAAGCAAGUUCAAGCUCUUGUAAUAGCUCCUACUAGAGAGUUGGCUCAUCAACUAUUGGAACAUUUUGAAAAGGUCAAACCAGAUUCAAAUCUACGUAUCAUGGCUAUUACUGGUGGUCUUGCCGUUCAAAAACAACAGCGCUUACUCAGUAAGCAUCCUCACAUAGUGAUUGCCACUCCAGGGAGAUUGUGGUCUGUAAUCAAUGAUAACAAUUUAACAGAAAGUUUUAAAAAAAUUAAGGUUCUUGUGCUCGACGAGGCCGAUCGCCUUUUACAGAAAAGCCACUUCGAAGAUUUGCAGAAACUUAUAGACGUAUUGGGAAACCCAAAACAUACAAAUCGACAAACAUUAAUCUUUUCUGCUACCUUGGAUGAGAAUCUUCAGCAGAGAUUGAGCAAAAAAGUUCAAAGUGACACCUCAUCUGAGGAAGCAAGCCCUUUUGAAAAUUUACUGAAACAGGUAAAAUUCUUGGGUGAGCCUACGAUUCUCGAUGCAGAUCCAGAAACAACAGUGGCUUCUCGUAUUCUUGAAGGUUUACUAGAAUGUGCUCCUAAGGAUAAAGAUUUACAUUUAUACUAUUUACUUUUACGAUAUCCUGGGAAAACUAUGGUCUUUGCUAAUGGCAUCGACGACAUCAAACGAAUCUCUCCUUUCUUGAAUGAGUUGGAAAUUAAUGCUUAUCCGCUACAUGCUCAAUUAGACCAGAAGAAACGCAUGCAGUCUUUGGAAAGAUUCAAAAAGGACCCUAAAGGUGUAUUGGUUUGUACAGACGUUGCAGCCAGAGGUAUUGAUGUACCAAGUGUUUCUCAUGUUGUUCACUAUCACGUACCUCAUACUGCAGAUAUGUAUAUUCAUCGUAGUGGUCGUACUGCCCGUGCAAAUGAAGACGGUGUUUCUAUAUUGAUGUGCAGUCCGAAAGAGCUGUCGCAAUUUAAGCGUCUUCUUUUCAAACUAAAACGCAGAUUAGAUGAAUUUCCUAGCUUUCCUAUUGAUAUGACUCUUCUUGGAGUUUUGAAACCUCGAGUCGAAUUAUCACACAAAAUUGCUGAUCUUACUCGUAAGGCCGGAAAGUUAGGAAGAGAAGAAGCUUGGCUAAAAGCUGCUGCCGAAGAGUUGGGUGUUGAAAAUUCAGAGGAAGAAGAUCUCGACAAUCCAAAACAAUCUUCUCAAAGUAGAAGAAACCAGCAAGUCGCUCAAUUUCGUUCAGAACUUAACUACUUAUUGCGUCAACGGAUUCAGACUGGUUUCUCCGGAAAAUAUUUAACCAGUGGUCUUACAAACAUGGCAGAUAAGUUAUUAAACGGACAGCAUCAUGAAAAUAUUCUUGGAACAGAUCCUGUCACUGCUUUGGAUGUUUUAAGAAAGAAGGGAAAGAAACAAUCCCAAAAAAAAUAAUACAUUCCUGAUUUUGGUUUUUGGUACGGGUUUUUUUUUAAUAUGAUUUGGUUUAUAGGCGAUUAGAUGUGCAUUAUCCUAAUAGACUUCUUGCAUAGCCGGAAAAUGUUAUAGAAUUUUUGUAAAAGACAUGAUAAAAGUUAUUUUGGAUGAACGGGAUACGUUGCUUUGGAGCCUCUAGAAGCUAUAGAUAUAAUAGGUAAAUUUCUAAACAUUAAUAUUUAACAUUGCUGGAGUAAAAAAUUAGGCAUGG